AUGUUGUCGACCCCUAAAAAACACACGAAAACGCAUUCCACGUAUGCUUUUGAAAGCAAUACCAACAGCGUGGCAGCAUCACAAAUGCGCAAUGCACUCAACAAAUUGGCGGAUUCCGUCAAAGACGAAGAAUCGCGUAACAGAAGUGAAAUUGAGCUUGAUUCGUUUUUCACGCUGUUCAGACGGUAUCUGGUAGAAAAGGCUUCCGGAAACACGCUGGAGUGGGACCGUAUCAAGUCACCUAACCCAGAAGAAGUUGUGGAGUACUCUGUGAUCCAGCAACAGCCAGAACAGGUGGCCAAUCUCAGCAAGCUGGCCGUGCUGAAACUAAACGGUGGUCUGGGUACCUCAAUGGGCUGCGUUGGUCCCAAGUCCGUGAUUGAGGUGCGUGACGGGAACACGUUUUUGGACCUCUCAGUGCGUCAAAUUGAGUAUUUGAACAGACAGUACGACAGCGAUGUUCCGCUGUUGUUGAUGAACUCGUUCAACACAGACUCGGACACCGCGCAUCUCAUCAAGAAAUACACCGGCAACCGUAUCCGCAUCCGUUCUUUCAACCAAUCGCGUUUCCCACGUGUGUUCAAAGACUCGUUGCUGCCAGUGCCAUCAUCGUAUGACGACGAUUUGGACGCCUGGUAUCCUCCAGGCCACGGUGACUUGUUUGAAUCUUUACACGCUUCUGGCGAAUUGGACGCUUUAAUUGCACAAGGUCGUGACGUUCUGUUUGUCUCUAAUGGUGACAAUUUGGGUGCCACGGUCGACCUCAAAAUUCUUAACCAUAUGAUUGAAACCGGUGCCGAAUACAUCAUGGAGUUGACCGAUAAGACGAGAGCCGAUGUUAAGGGAGGUACUUUGAUAUCCUAUGACGGCCAAGUACGUCUGUUGGAAGUGGCUCAAGUGCCUAAAGAACAUGUUGACGAGUUCAAAAAUAUCCGUAAGUUCAAAAACUUCAACACCAAUAAUUUGUGGAUCAACUUGAAAGCCGUAAAAAGAUUGAUUGAAUCCAGCAGCCUACAAAUGGAAAUCAUUCCAAAUCAGAAAACCAUCAAGAGGGGCGGUCACGAAAUUAAUGUGUUGCAAUUGGAAACUGCUUGCGGUGCUGCUAUCAGACAUUUUGAAGGCGCUCACGGUGUAGUGGUUCCCAGAUCUCGUUUCUUGCCCGUCAAGACAUGUUCCGAUUUGUUCUUGGUGAAAUCGGAUUUGUUUGAAUUGGAGCACGGUGCUUUGCAACUUGACGCUUCCAGAUUCGGACCUAACCCGCUAAUUAAACUGGGAUCGCAUUUUAAAAAAGUUUCCGAUUUCAAUGCACACGUACCUCACAUCCCUAAGAUUGUUGAAUUGGAUCACUUGACUAUCACGGGUAAUGUAUUUUUGGGUAAAGGCGUCCAUUUGAAAGGAACCGUAAUUAUUGUUUGUUCUGAGGGUCAAAGAAUCGAUAUUCCUAAUGGAUCGGUACUGGAAAACGUUGUCAUUACGGGUAAUUUACAAAUCUUGGAGCAUUAA